GCGGAGCGGCGCUCGGUAGUUGUUGUUGUGGAGCCGUGAGGAGGAGGACCAUCUGGGAUUAUGACAGAAAACCAUGAAAAGCAAUGGAAAGAUCGCGGACUGAGAUCACUGAGCGCGAACACUCGGAUCUGGACUGGAUUCUGUUCUGCCGCCUGAUUUCCGGCCUUUUCUCGGGGGACUGAGCUGGAUGUGGAAGUUGGGAUUGUUUUGUUCGCGGCCUGAAAUCAAAGGUUUGGGGGAAGUUGAGUUAGCUGGAAGAAAAGCGUCACUUCUCGCUGGAACAGCGCCGCUUUAAGCCUCUUUAGCUUCACAUUAAACCCGCAUUUUAACUCUUUUAAUUUCACCUCCUGAAGCGGUUUAAUUUUCUUUGACAGAAGGAAGCUGUGCUGAAAGCUAAGCUAGGCUAACCGUUAGCUCCCACGCACAGCUAGCUUCUAAAUGGGAGAAAGGGUCUCUAUUUAUUGUUAAAUCACUCUUUUCCUGCUUUUUAUUUUAGAAUAAAGCAUAUUUUAAAUGAGUCACAACCUUUGAGAAGUGAAUGAAUUGAAUAAGACGUUAUUUUAGAGUUUCAGAGCGGAUUCAGAUGCAGUUAUCAGUAUUUAAAGGCAUCAAGUUCAGUUUGUGAUUACAUAAUGAUUUAGACAUUAAUUGUUUUUUUCUGCACUACUUUCACUGAAACAAGCUGACCCGCUUUUAGCUCCUUUAACCGUGUGAAGCCGGUAGAACCAAGCUGGACCCGCAUCUCCAGCUGCUUCAUGGCAUAACAGACUGUGUUUGGCAUCAAAGCAGAGGGGCAGAAGUCAUUAGGGAGGAUCCCGGUGCUGCGGGGCUCAGAGGGGAGGAUGGGCAGCCAGGGCAGCCCGGUGAAAAGCUACGACUACCUGCUCAAGUUCCUGCUGGUGGGAGACAGCGACGUGGGCAAAGGGGAGAUCCUGGACAGCCUGCAGGAUGGAUCAGCAGAGUCUCCUUAUGCCUACAGCAGCGGUAUCGACUAUAAAACCACUACGAUCCUCCUGGAUGGCAGGAGGGUGAAGCUGGAGCUGUGGGACACCUCUGGCCAGGGACGCUUCUGCACCAUCUUCCGCUCGUAUUCCCGCGGCGCUCAGGGCAUCCUGCUCGUCUAUGACAUAACCAACCGCUGGUCGUUCGACGGCAUCGACAGGUGGAUCAGGGAGAUCGACGAGCACGCUCCCGGAGUCCCUCGGAUCCUUGUGGGGAACCGCCUCCACCUGGCCUUCAAGCGGCAGGUCCCCACGGAGCAGGCCAGGGCGUACGCAGAGAAGAACGGCAUGACCUUCUUCGAGGUGAGCCCCCUGUGCAACUUCAACGUGAUCGAGUCGUUCACGGAGCUGUCCCGCAUCGUCCUGAUGAGGCACGGCAUGGAGAAGUUCUGGAGGCCCAACAGAGUUUUCAGCCUGCAGGACCUCUGCUGCAGAGCCAUCGUGUCCUGCACGCCCGUCCACCUCAUCGACAAGCUGCCGCUGCCCGUGGCCAUCAAGUCCCACCUCAAGUCCUUCUCCAUGGCCAACGGCAUGAACGCCGUCAUGAUGCACGGACGCUCGUACUCGGUGGCCAACACGGCCGGCGGCUCCAAAGGCAACAGCCUGAAGCGCUCCAAGUCCAUCCGUCCUCCUCAGAGCCCGCCGCAGAACUGCACCCGCAGCAACUGCAAGAUCUCCUAACUGCUGGCGGGCCGGGAGACGGCGGAGACGCCGGAGCUCAGGGCAACUCUGGAGAACAGCUACAGACUCUUAGUCACUACAAGGUGGAGGCGGAGCCCAGGGGCUCUGCUAUGUACAGAAACGCCGCCGCUCGUUCUCUUCUAAUGACCCAUAAGCUAACGUUUUUCAGACACUACAGAACCAUUAAACCCAACGGACCUGGGCUGCAGCAGACUCGGGUCUAGGCUUGUUCUCGUGCCUUGAUGUACGGUUUCUGGGUUCAGGUUCUGGAUUCGACCCGUCUGAUAGGACAGGGUUCGGGUUCUGGAACCUUCUGGUUUUAUUCCUCCAUAAAUGAAAGUGUUUAGUCAUCAGAAAGAAUCCGAUCCGAGUCUACAGUGAGGUUCUGGGGAGGUCCGACUCUGGGUGGGCGAUGUGAAGGAUAGAGAGGCGACCCGGUUCCUCCUUCUUCCUCCUCCUCUUCCUCAGCUUCACUUUACU